ACCACUCUUCCUUUCCCCUUUCGUCUUGAUUUCUGGAUCCAACAAAAAUGGUGUCCAAGAUUGUGAAGAAAACCCCAACAAAGUCCAUCAAAAGUCCUGGCCACCGUCACCACAGCCACCAACGCCGGAAAAAAUCACCCGUAAAGAAUGCCUCCGCCACUGCUUCAGUGGUGGUUGCUUCGAUUAACAAAUCCAUUUACACUUGCCACCGCCGCCUCAUCAAGAUUUUCUCCAAAUUAGCGUGCAUUGCGACCCCAAUUAAGAAGAAGAGCCCAAGAAAAUGGGGGUAUCAGUUACUUCAAAAGGGUUCUGAAGAUCCCAAAAAUAGCAUCAGAAGGGCUCUGUUUGAUGACGAAAAAAGUUCUGCGCUUCCACCACUGGUUUCGCCAGAGAAAAAGACUGUCUUUCUUGAUUUGGACGAGACUUUGGUGCAUUCCCAGCCGGGCCCUGCUCCAGAAAAGUAUGAUUUCAUAGUUAGGCCGAUGAUAGAUGGAGAAAGAGUGGAUUUCUUCGUGUUAAAGAGGCCAUUUGUGGAAGAAUUUUUGGAGUUCCUGAGAAAUAAAUUUGAGAUUGUGGUGUUCACAGCUGGAAUUGAGGAGUAUGCUUCCCAAGUGCUCGACAGAAUUGAUGGAAAGGGUUUGAUUUCACACAGAUUGUACCGAGAUUCCUGCAAAGAACUGGAUGGGAAGUUUGUGAAAGAUUUGUCUGAGCUGGGAAGGGAUUUGAAAAGGGUUGUGAUUGUUGAUGACAAUCCGAAUUCGUAUGUUUUUCAGCCUGAUAAUGCCGUGCCGAUUCUCCCGUUUAUUGAUGAUCUUGGAGAUGGGGAGCUGAAGAAGUUAAUUCAGUUUUUUGAGAAGUUGGAUGAAGUUGAGGACACUACAGAUGCUGUCAAAAAUUAUGUAGUAUCUCAAUUCUCAGGAGGGACAUGACAAAGAAGUAGAAAUGUUAGUAUUUAUUUUUUCCAUCUUAGUCUUUGUUUCCAGAGCAUACGUUGUCGAACAUAUACUUCGUUCAACUGCAUUAAUUAAGAAACAGAACAGCAGAAUAGCACAGUUUACAAACUCAGAAUUUUAGUUUCACCUUAGACUUCUGUUUUCCUGUUCUUCAGAGUUUAGAGUUGAAUUGCAAAAGCAGCUUCAUUGUAUAAGCGAA